UUUAAUCUCAAUCGCGGGAAACAUGUUCUAAAGAAUCUGAUAUGUAGUAAACACAUUGAACAUGUCAAGUAUCAACAUACGCAUAUUUCUGGAAUUUUAAAACUCAACAGAAAAAGGGUUGAGAAUGCAAAGUCCAAGUUGCCAGAUGGCUCGAUUGUAAAAUACAGUAAAGCGUAGAGCUAAACUGAAAAGAUUCAUAAGCCUGAGGAUCGAAUCAGAAUUUACUUGGACGUAUUUAGCAUUAAGAUAAAGUCAGAGGGCUAAAUCCAGAAAUGGUUGAAAGGAUAAGAUUUCCUUUCUUCCUCCUGUGCGGAUAUGAAAUUCCCAAUGGGGAAUUUUCUACGCCACAGCCAUUCGAGAUGGGCUCCGCCGGCCGGAGGGGCCGCUGCUUCCGUCGCGGGAGGGGCCGCUGCUGUGGGCGCACCGUCGUCUCCGCUUCCAGGAACCAUGCCGGAGGAAGCCUCGCGACGGGCUCGGGCCUGGCCAGCGCCGGGUGCAGGCUGCACUCUGCCAGGCGGAGGGAGAGCCUGCUCCAUCUCCGCCACGGCUGGCCUCACCUGGAGGAGUGGGGUCAGCGGAUAGCGCCGCACCCCAGGGCAGAGGUCCACCACGUCGUCGAGUAGGAGCCGCGGGAGCGAACUGCGCCGAAGGCGCCGCUGCAAUCUUCACCGCGAGUCGUGAUGGGGAGGGCGCAUCACAUUUGACAGAGCGCGGGAACGCCGCGUGUCUCCGUCGUAGUGGCCGGCGAGUACGCCGAGGCUGGGUUCUCCACCGCGCCUGCUACUGCAUGCGUCCUCGAUGAGCAAGUUGCUUCUGCAUUGAUGGCGAGAGGGUUAGACUAUCCACAAUGGGAGUAACAUGGGUGAUAACAUCACACUUAUCUAUGCAAAAUAGAUGAUGUGGCAUGUAAUUAAUGAAGUAUGAGAGACAUGUGGUAACAUAGCUAGUUACCGUAACAUCACACAUAUCAAAAAAAGAUGAGUCUACAAUCUAAUAAAUAAAGUGAUGCAUGACACAACACAUAUUUUAUUAGCCAUUGUGGAGGUAAUAAAAUAGUAACAUAUGCAUGUUACUGCUUUAAGUUUACUCCGUACUGUGACUAGUCUUAGCGGCACCGUCCGCUAGUUACAACGUAAUGGAGAUUAGGAAAUUAUACAAGGUAGUUACUUCCCUUUGCAUCAUUGGUUGUUUUCGUUGAUGUGCCUGAACCGAGGAAAUGCUCCAGAAAUCACUCAUUGAAUCAACAGAUCAUGACGCCCACGCGCGCAACCGGGCGGCCGGGCACGGAGGCCGAGGUCUGGGGCGCGGAGGGCGCGAGUCCGUUGGCGCGGACGGGCGCGGCGCAACAGGGUGGCGGCCGAGCGGACGGGCGCGACCGAGGCGCGGGGCGGCCGGCGCGAUCAGACGGCGAUGGCGCGAGGCGCGGUGUGGCCGGGCGGAGCCGACCAGGGCCUGGCUCGGGCGGGCGCGGCCGCGGAGGCUGGGGAGCGGUGCCGACGCGGCCAGGGACGGCCACGGCGCUGGCGGGCGUUGCCACGGAGGGAUCUACAGGCUCAUACCUUUAUCUGUUCUUGAUUCUCCAAUGCUCUUGGACUUGACUCCUAAUCCAAUCGCUCCAAGGCAGCGAUGCACCUGUAGAUGGAGAUCGCCGGAGUUGCUCCACGACGUUGCCGCUUUCCUGUUUCUUCGUUCUCGCUGUUGAACGCCGAUGGAAUCGCUCCGCGGGAGCGUGCUGAUGACGUGUUAGAAAGGAAUCGGGAAACAAACAGAGACAAAGCAAAUGAUUCCAGUGUUCUUUAUUCACCAUGGAUAUACACUUAUAUACAAGGUUGGAUCAUAUGCCCCAGUGCCUCACUUUAUAUAGGAUUAGAUGAUUUGCCCUGCUUUUCUUUUCUCUUUAGAUAAUAUGUCUUUUUUAUUUACUGUAAUCAUUUUUGACUUUUUAUCCCUAUGUUCACAACACGAAAUGACUAUACUGCCCCUGUAGCAAAUUUGCAAUUCUUCUUCUUAUCUUCUCUCCCUACGUUGCUAUACCCAACCAAACAAACAGAUCAAGAAAUCAUAGAUUGAUUCUGUUAUUAGUUUUUAUCUCCAUGUCCGCGCCCAGCAGAGAGGUGGAUGCACCGCCAGCCACCAAGCCAUCAACUCCAGCGCCUCCCGGACAGGGAGGGCUCACACAGGCCGGCGGCGAGGUGAUUCCUCAAACUACCGGUCGGGCAGACGACUCCUGCAUCCAUGGAUCAUCACGAGAUGCUACAGAUUGGUUAGUAUCUGAUCAACCCACACCCUCCUCUCCCAUGGCUGUUGCGGCGAGCACUAACACCUUGAGGAUCAUGAUCCUAGAUCCCACUUCCCAGUACAACACAAGCAGAUCACGCAUUUCACAACAUCAUCAGUCACGUACAUCUAAUCCUAUUGAACUCGCUUCAUGGUGUACAUGUGUGCGCCUGUACAUGGAUCCUGGCUUUGAUUAACCUAGGAUCCCAUUUCCCAUGGUUAUUGCAGCUAGCACAACACUUCUCUGGCGUUAAUGAACCUGUACAGAAAGUAGAGUAAACUAAGAUGAAGCAUGAAAAAACAAACCUUCAGAUCUAGCAUGGUUUUGUUAUUUGAUAAAAUGUUCUCUAACUAAUUGGAUGAUGCCCUUAUGUUAAAAUGUUUAUUUGUUCUCCAAGUAGGCCAACGGUGGUUGCAAGAAAUGAUAUACAUGUAUCAACAAUGGAAGGAGGCAUUGAUUGGUCCCAGAUUGAAAUAGCACCAAUCAAUGAUGACGAAAUUGAUGUUCCUAUAACAGAGGAGAACAUGUGCACGGUUCUUGGCAUCAAUGACGAACCUGAGCAUCGGAAAAUUGUAUCUGAAGCAGCUAUGAAAGCCUCCAUUGCACAUGUUGAUGCAUGUGUGGCUGAUAUUGAUGAGGAUUUACUUGCUGAUGCGGCUCUUCCUGUGCCUGACCAUAUGCCUGAAGAGAAUCACUUCUGGUAUGAUAAGGAACAUCCUGUGAUAGAGGAAGGAUCUUUGUUUCGUUCAAUGAAAGAGUUCAGGAUGCUCAUGAGAACAUUUGCUAUUAGAGGUAAGUUUGACAUCAAGAUCAAGGAUAGUGACACUACUAGAUUUUUGGGUCACUGUAAAGGGAAUGGAUGUCCUUGGAGAAUACUGCUAGGACAAUAGAAGAUGGAAAAACAGUCAGGGUUAACAAGAUAGUAAAGCCUCAUAAGUGUUCAUCAACCGCUGCAGUGAUUACAAGCAUGGCAGACCAAGCAUGGGUGGCAGAAAAGGCAAUGGGGUAUCUUCAAACUGAACCAAAUAUUGAUGCCAGGGAGCUCCAAAAAAAGCUACAAGCCGAGUACAAAUGUACUAUUGGGUAUCAUACUGUUAACAAGGGAAAAGAAAGGGCCAAGAAUAGUUUAUAUGGGACCUGGGGAAAAAGCUUUCAGUCUUUAUUGAACUUCAAAGCUGAGAUUGAUAAAGAUCUCCUGGUAGCAUUGUCGAGGUUGAUGUCAAGAGGGAAGGAGGUGAACUGCAUUUCCGCAGAUUUUUUUAUGGCACUUAAGCCGUGCAUUGAUGGCUUCUUGGCUGGUUGUAGACCAUAUGUCAGUAUAGACUCUACAUUUUUGACUGGAAAGUGGAAUGGUCAAUUAGCAGCAUGUACAACACUAGAUGGGAAAAAUUGGAUGUUUCCUUUAGCAUUUGGUUUCUUUGAUACAGAGACCGAGGAUAACUGGAUUUGGUUUAUGCAACAACUGCAUAGGGCAAUAGGACAUCUUCAAACUCUAGCUGUUUGUACUGAUGCAUGCAAAGGGUUAGAGAAUGCAGUUAAAAUUGUGUUUCCCCAAGCUGAGCAAAGAGAAUGCUUUAGGCAUCUGAUGGCAAACUUCAAAAAAAAAUUCCAUGGAGAUGUUUUUGGUCGCAUGUGGCCAGCAGCCAAGGCUUACCGUCUGGAAACAUUUAACUAUCAUAUGGGCAAGAUAUUUGAAGCUGAACCUGCAGUGAGUGCCUACUUGUGUACCUAUCAUAACUUAAAGUGGAUGAGAUGUGACUUCAACACAGAAAUCAAAUGUGAUUACAUUCACAAUAAUCUGGCCGAGUGCUUCAAUAGUUGGAUCAAAGGAACAAAGGAGCUGCCCAUGGAUGAGCUAGCCGAUACAAUAAGAGAGAAAAUUAUGAUACUUGUUUAUAGAAGGAGAAGAAUUGGGGAAAUGCUCCAGGGAAAGAUGUUGCCUGCCAUCAUUCAACAAAUAAAUAAUAGAACUAGGCAACUUGACCAUUUGGUUGUUGGAAGAUCAACCGGAGAAAGUUGUGAGGUCAAGGACACUAGCAAGAAUAAUCUUAGGCAUGUUGUGAAGAUAGGCAGCCGUGAGUGCACUUGCCUAGAAUGGCAACACACUGGAAAGCCCUGUGAGCAUGCACUUGCAUUUCUUAUAGAGACAGCAGAUGUAAACUUUGAACCAUAUGUACAUGAGUACUACUCCGUGAGUAGGUUCCGGGCUGCCUAUGCUGGAGAGAUUGAACCAAUCACAGACAAGUCUCAAUGGCCUCAUGUUAAUCUAGAUAUUGAGAUGGUGCCACCGGUUUUAAAGAGCUCUGUUGGGAGACGGAGGAAGCAGAGAAUCAGAAGUUGCCUUGAAGACGGUGGUCGUGGUGGCAGCAAACGGAAGAAGAAAGAUGAUAAUGGCAAAAAACAAAUGACCAACAAGGAGGUGACAAAGAGAAGGAAAAAGAAAAGAAGAGAUUUGGCAGCAAAAAUAGGUGCAAAGAAUGUGGGAUAUUGGGGCACAGGAAAGCAACUUGCAAACAAAAUGAAGCUAAAGAGAGUGACGUGUCUACUCACGAGCUCGCUCCAGCUGUUGUUGCGACACUUACACACAUAACAACAAUCACACUACCUCCCAGCCUUCAUAACAGCCCUGGGCCUAUCACAAGGAGGAGGCUUGCUAUGGCCAUAGCUAGAGACGAUGCAUCACAACCAUCUGGGACAACUAUUAAUUCUGUAGCAUCACCUACCUCUCACUUCCCUUCAAGCUCUACGACACGCAAGAAAAAAUUGACCCCCAAAAGGAAGAAGCUCCAAUUUUAGUGCAUUAAAUUUCUAUUUUAAAUUCUGAGAGAUGUUCACAUCUGUCAGUUUCAAAGAUAUGGAGUCGGAAGAAUUAUUAUUUUGCUUGAUGUAAACUCGGAUUAAUUUGUCAUGUCAUUUGAACCGAGCAACCUUUUUGUGACAUUACUUUUGUGAUUUCGGUGUGAUAUAUUCUGCCAAUUCCAUGUGCUAAGUGAACAUAUGUUGUCACUUUAUUUUUAAAAUCUAUGAAAUUGUUAUAUGCUGCCAAAUUCCAACGAAGUGCAUAUGCGAGGAUGCACAACAUAUAUACAGACCCCUGACCUGUGACUAGAGGAGAUCCAGCAAGAGAUGAACUCAAAACCAUUUGUGAUUUAGUUAGAAAGUACUCUUCAGCAUCUACGCAUUUUUUAGUGUGUGAUACAAUUUAAGUCUCAAGCAUCUGGAGGAGAUCACUCAGCGAAGUAUUUUAAACAACCUACCCAGCUUGAUGACUGAAGCAGGACCAGCAACUGCUAGGGUAUUUAUUAGUACUAUAUAUAAACACUGUAGUCCAGCCAUGGCUAUUACCGGCGAAGCAACGAACUCUCACACAAAAAAUCUGUAAAUCCAUCAAUCACUUAAAAAGUUAGCUUUUAUCAGCAACGAGGGCGCCAUCCGCAGCUCCGAGUUGCAGCCGAUGCCCUGGGACCCGCCGGUCCGCCGAGCUGCCUACAUGCAGCGGGAAUCGCCGUGGCGGGCCGCCGACCUGCAGCCGGAGCAAGACGCCGCGGGCCGUCGACCUGCAGCGGCAGCCACCGCGCUGGGCCGAGGAGCUGCAGUGGGAGCCGCCGCCGCGGGGCGCCGAGCUGCAGCGGGAGCCACCGCGCCGGGCCGAGGAGCUGCACCGGGAGCCGCCACGCUGAGCUGCUGCUGCCGGGGGCCAAGGUGCCGUUGUCGGCAUCCUCCAGUAGGUUGGGGAAAGAAGAACAGAGUAAAGGCGUUGAACUGGGGAAAAGGUGAGCUGGUCGAUGGAACUCACACACAGCAGAGAAGAUAAGAAGGAGAAUUGCAAAUUUGCCACAGGGGCAGUAGAGUCAUUUCGCGUCGUGAAAAUAGGGAUAAAAAGUCAAAAAUGAUUACAGUAAAUAAAAAUGGCAUAUUAUCUAAAGAGAAAAGAAAAGUAGGGCAAAUCAUCUAAUCCUAUGUAAAGUGGGGCAAAUUAUCAAAUGCCCAAGUAAACUGGGGCAUAUGAUCCAAUCUGCGUCCAUGGGACGCGACCGUUCACUGAGGCGCCUCCUCGAGAGGCAACUGCCAAUAUGGGAAGCGGGGAUUAUCCCUUAAUAAUCAUUGGGUUAUUAUUUUCAACAGAGGGAAGGCAUAAAAACACUACGUGCAGGAAAAACCGUGGGAAGAGUUUUGUAAGAAAAUUUGAUAAAAUCAAUAGGUAAAACUGAUGGGAGGAGACGUCUGUGAUGAAAGUGGAUUAACGGGAGUGAAGGCGCUAAAACCAAAGCUGCCAAUGGUGGGAGAGAUCGUCUCGAGUCCAAUUCAUGUAAGAACUUGGCUCCAGAGGAUGGUAGAUACCAACCAAGCCCACAAGACGAUGAUCAACAUCUUCUCGAUCAAAUAAAGCAAAAAACACAUUUCUCGGAGUAUUUUGUGAAAAAAGAUUUAAAUCUAUUACCAGAAUUCAUCAAAAGUAUAAAGCAUCUAAAAUUAUAUCGAGAUUCUGAGACCAUCGAACGACCACUAUCGUCGUCAGAAUGAGCCGUCAAAGCACUGUUGUCGCCACUCUCUAUUAGAGUCAGCUUGACUUUAUUGAUGACAACCGAAAGUCUUCAUGCACAUGCCCCUAAGGACCAACGUCCCGAGGUCACAGUGGUCGCCGUUGAAUAAAUCAGAAGCACCUGACAUCAAAUCUCGCCACACAAUGAAAAGCCCUAACCUCACCGCCCUAACAAGACAACCAGGAUCUCACUGAAGCUCUGUCGAGUACAUCCAGAUGGACGAACUUGAGAAGGAAUGGAACCCGAAAGACAAACUUAAAAAAAAAAACACCGUCAUUCGCCUGAGGGCUGUACCUGCGAGGACUAAAAAACACUAACCUAACCUAAACUACUAACCAGGCAGAGGCACCUUGAUCCUCCUUCUUCCCGCAAGGGAGGGGGGGUGAAUCCACAGGCUCACUGGUGAAGUUCAGAGGGCAGAGUUUACCCUAGCUGUGGCGAGGCGAUCAACCGUCCAAAUUAUUCUCCGGAUCACGAGGACAUGAAAACAUCGAGCUCGCCCGGCGGCUGGUCAGCGAUCCAGGGGUUGUUGAGGACUAGCUCCUCCGGUGACGGUGAGGGGUUGAGUUAAGUGAGGACGAGCUAGUGCACAUGAUUUCCACUGGCAAUCGAACUAGUGCACCACUUUUCAUCAGAGUUCCAAAUGCAUCGAUGAGCAGAUAAGCUCUACCAGUAUAGGAGUACCAUAACUUGUUCGAAUCCUCCAAAAGACUUGUCUGGUCAGCAAAGCAGUACUAAUAACAACACCGAAGUGCCAGUAUUAUACAGCCGGUAACAGAGCUAGUGG